AUGGACAUCAGGCUCAUGGGGGCACCGACCAGGAUCGCCAGAGUCAAGGAACGCAGAAGGACCCCAGUGUCCCAUAAAGUGAUAGAGAAGAGGAGAAGAGACAGAAUCAACCGCUGCCUCAGUGAACUGGGCAAGACUGUGCCAAUGGCCCUAGCCAAACAGAAUUCCGGAAAACUGGAAAAAGCAGAAAUUUUGGAAAUGACUGUCCAGUAUCUUAGAGCGUUACAUGCUGCUGAUUUCCCGAGGGGGAGAGAUAAAGACCUUCUCUCCGAAUUUGCCAAUUAUUUCCAUUACGGCUAUCAUGAGUGCAUGAAAAACCUGGUCCACUACUUGACCACAGUAGAAAGGAUGGAGACCAAGGACACUAAAUAUGCCCGAAUUGUUGCCUUCCUUCAAUCUAAGGCCCACCUGACCACAGAGCCAUUGUUCAGCUCCUUGCAGGAAGUGGACGUGUCCUGCCAGCUUCAUUCCUCUCCGCCUGACUAUCCAAGUCCUGGUGACUCCACAUUUACGCAAAGUCCAAGUGGAUCAUUUUCUUGGCAUGGCACCACCAGGAGCCCUGCACUAAAUUACCUCACAGGUCCGACCACCAUGCCUCUGCCCUGCACGCCACCUCAGCAGACUCAACAUAGUAGCUUCUUAUCACCGAUGCAGAGUCUGGACAGACAUUACCUCAACCUGCUGGGCCAUUCCCAUGCCAAUACUUUCAGCAUGCACAGCGCACAGCAUCCUGCUGUCCUGUGA